ACAAACCGUACACCGCUGGUAUGGCGUUAAUUUACAAAUGAAUCAAAGUCUAUAAAAGAAGCGUCGCGAUUACUCAGUUUCGUUAACUAAAGCGCAUCGAGAUUACUAUAAAAAUAGCUGACACGAUAUGCAGGUAGAAAGGGGCUAACGAAUAGGAGAUGUCGUCAUCAGAGAGCGACAUAACAACAAACCGUAGCGCUGGGCUGAAGACUGCUCGGGUCUCUGCUACUGUAAUGUGGUGAUGGACAGUGAAGUGCAGAGGGACGGAAGAGUUCUCGAUCUCACAGAUGAUGCCUGGAGAGAAGACAGACUGCCGUACGAGGAUGUCACGAUCCCACUGAGUGAACUUCCAGAAGCAGAGCAAGACAACGGCGGAUCAACGGAGUCAGUCAAAGAGCAGGAGAUGAAGUGGUCAGAUCUCGCCCUGCAGAGUUUGCAUGAAAACACCCCAAACAUCGGCACUUAGAUGUGAGGAUGCUCCGUCCAUGUGUCUGUGAACCAUGUAGAAGAUUUACGACGCGAAAGACUCAUUUCCUGAUUACGAGCCGGUGUAAUUUGCAUUAAAGUGUUUCAUUGUUUUGAUAUAAAUAAAUAAAAUGCUUCAAAUGUAAAA